CAGCGCCCGCUCUUCCUUGCCUCGCCGCACCUCGCCGCCUUUGACCCGCCGCCGCCGCCAUGGAGGAGCUGCUCGACCGCGUCUCUGCCCACGGGCCAUACGGCUACCGGCCGCACCUCGUGCCCGCCAUCGUCUUCCUCGUCGUGUACGCCAUCGCCGCCGCCGCCCACAUCUUCCUCGGCGUCAAGCACCUCAAGCAGGGCCGUCUCUGGCUGCCGACGCUGGCGUUUGGCUGCGUCGUCGAGGCCGCCGCCAUGGCGCUCCGCGUGCUCGGCCACUACCAGCCUACCAACAUCAACGCCUACAUCGCACAGCAGGUCAUGAGUGUCCUCACGCCCGCCUUCUUUGCCGCCGCCCACUUUAGCGUUGGCGGCCUCGCGCUCGUGCUCUUCGGCGCCGCCUACGCUCCCCGCAAGGUGGCGCCGCGCCGCAUCCUGCCCUUCUUCGUCACCGUCGACGUGCUCAGCCUCAUCCUGCAAGGCACCGGCUCCGGCAUGGCCGCCGUGGCCGAGCAGCAGGAGCCGCCGCAGUCGACGUUCACGGGCGCGUGGAUCGUCGUCGGCGGCCUCAUCAUCCAGCUGAUGGGCUACCUGGCCUUCAACGCCCUCGCCGUCGUCUUCCUGCUGCGCGUGCGCCGCGCGCCGCCGACGUCGCCGCACUGGACGCCGCGCUUCCGGCUCUUCCUGCUGGCCGUCUGGCUCUCGUCGCUGCUCGUGCUGCUCCGCUCGGCGUUCCGCACGGCCGAGAUGCUCAAGGGCUGGAUCGGCCCGAUCGCCACCGUCGAGGUGUGGUUCUACUGCCUCGACGCACUGCCCGUCUCGCUCGCAGUGCUCAUCCUCGUGCCCUUCUACCCGGCACGCUUCCUGCCCGACGACAUCCGUCUCGGCGCACACUGCACCAACGACGAGGAGCUCGGCGCCGUCGACGAGCUCAAGGGCACGUCCAGCGCGCCGCUCUCGCCCGCUGCAGCCUCGCGCCCGCUCUCGCGCCACAGCAGCGCCUCGUAAAGAGGGCCUGGCGCCCUCGGUCCUCAACCUGUCUAUAUGUCUGAAGCAGCGGUGCCGCUUCCCGUCACCUCACUCUGCGCUCGAAGUCCCUGUUCUCUCGAUGAACCACAGAUAUACCACCUCGCGGCCCGUCCUCAUGUAGAUACAGCCCAACACGCGCCCGCGACGUGGAAACUAGCACGCAUCACGCAAUGAAGCCUAUCAUAAUCACACAGAGACAGGGAGAGGAACGAGCGUCAUUGGAUUCGACAGAGGGAAUGAAACGAGACUUGGAA